UAGGCACUUAUUGAAACGUAUUUCAAUCAUAGCAAACAUCGCGAUGUGUACUGUGUGUUCUAUCAAUCUAUACUGAGCUCAAAGCAUAUUUUACCAGGAUCUUCAUUAGGCCCGGGAUUCGAAUCAAGUUUCGGUGCAUUGUUUUUGAUCUCCUCUAUUAUGGAUAAUUUUUGGAAUUACAUACAAAAAGAUGUCGGGCCAAUACCAGAAACAGUUAGGGUUUGUUUGGAAUAUUCUGAGUACAUCACCGCCGCAUUAGGAAAUAUAGACGACAACGAAAUACGAGAAAUCGAGAACGACAUGAGAUUGUUUCCAAAGAUUCGACGCAAUCCAGCUGAUUUCAGUUUUAUGGUUGGUGAAAAAGCCAUCAUUAAAUUGGUGUCAAAUGCCGUUAAAAAGAAAGGCAUUGAUUUCUACAUUAAGCGAAGCCAGAGAAACCAUUCUUUAAUUGGGAAAACACAAACGAUAGGUGAUGAAAAUUCUGUACGCGAGGAAAUUAUAGCGUUCUACCAGAAAAGAUUCGAUGGAUCUACAGCCCAGGAAUUGUUUCUAAAUUCGCUUACUUCAAUAGACAUCCGUAUUAGUAUAGACGAUGAUGGAGUUCUCGGAGAAAUUCAAUGUCAUUUAUGUGACAAAAAAAAAAUAUAUUGUUUGCCGUCCCGAGAAAACUGGUCGAUGGAGAGUUUCGAACUUCUUUGCACAUCAAAAACGUAUACAAAGUAGAAUUUGUUGUUGAUAGUAGUAGCCAGAAGCGAGCAUGGUCGGACAUAUUGAGUUCAGAAAAUGCUGAGCCCGAAAUAGCUAAACGACGCAUGACCGACGAAAUACGUACUGAAUCCAUAAUUAUUGAAACUAUAAAUGAAAACUAGCUGGAUGAUAUAUCUACUGAAUGGACAAAUGCACCAAAUGAAGUGAAUCAUGAAUUGAUAAAAACAUCAGAUAAUGAAGUUAAUUGUUCAACUGGAGAGCUUAGUAAAACAUAACAAAACAACAGAACAAAUAUGUUCUGUUGUUGUAACAACAGAACAAAUAUGUUCUGUUGAAUUCUUAUUUCUCUUAAAAUAAUAGAUAACCACUGAGCAAAGCCCUAUUUAAAAUUUUCACUAUGAAGCUGUUUGUGAAAUGAUAUAUCUGGUUCAUUUCGGUGUGGUAUGAUUUGUGUCUUGUAUAUUUUAGUUUUGAAAUCAUUUUCAUAUUUCGUUCCAGAGCAGCGAAAAAGAUUUUCCGAUAACUAAUUCGUUCGCCGGGAGCACAGCUUAUCUAAUUUUAUUUGCUAUUUUG